AUGUUGAAUUCUUUUGUUCUGAACACUCAAAAUUGGCAAAAAUUGGCCAACACAAAAGUGGAUGUCGUAAGGUUUUCACGGAGAGCGGAAGUAACAUUUUUCUUUCUUUCUUUGGAUGCCAUUUGUUUUCUUUUCUUUUUUUCCUUCUAUACAUCAUAUCCUGUUCUUUUCUUUCUUUCGCAAAUUCAUACCAUUAUCGUUUUUAAAUUAUUUUAUUCUAACGUUGUUCUUUUUUUUUUCUUUUUUUCUUUUCUUUUUUUAAUACUUAUUUCUAAAUUUCUUUCUUUGUUAUGUUGUAUUUCUUUUCAUAAUUCUUUCUUUCUUUCUUUUUCGCACGUUCUUAAUUUUAUUCUCUUUUUCUUUCUUCCUUUCUUAUGCGUAUCUUUUUCUCUUUCUCACCCUAUUAUAUUUCUUUCCUUCUUUCUUUUCGUGUGCGAGUUCAAGUCCGUUAAAAACAAAUCAAUCUUUCUUACGCUUAUUCUCUUUAAUCUUUUUGUACUGAUUUUUUUUCUUUCUUUCUGCCUUUCUUUCUUUCUUUCUUCUUCAUUUCUUUCUUUCUUUCUUUCUUUCUUUAUCUCUGUCUUUUGUUCUUUCUUUCUGUCUUUUCUUUCUUUUUUUUCUUUCUUUCUUUCUUUCUUUAUUUCUUUAUCUCUGUCUUUUGUUCUUUCAUUCUUUCGGUCAUUCGGUCUUUCUGUCUUUCUGCCUUUCCUUCUUUCUUUUUUUUCUUUCUUUCGGUCUUUCUGCCUUUGGUUCUUUCUUUCUUUAUGUCUUUCCUUCUUUUUGUCUUUCUUUCUUUCAGUCUUUCCUUCUUUCUUUCUGUCUUUCCUUCUUUCUGCCUUUCCUUUUUUUCUUUUUUCUUUCUUUCGGUAUUUCUGCCUUUCCUUCUUUCUUUUUUUCUUUCUUUCGGCAUUCCUGCCUUUGGUUCUUUCUUUCUUUCUUUCUUUCUUUUUUUCUUUCUUUCUUGCUUUCUUCCUUUCUUUCUUUUAG